AUGAAGGCUUUUACUUACGCCAGUGCCUUGUUAGUAGCACUUCCGGCUCUAGCCAACGCUAGCCCUGUCGGUGCCGGCGGGGGUGGCUGGGCGGGAUGGAAAGACUCGCCAUUCCACUUCACCUCCACAUACAAUGUCAUUGCCACGCCAGACCAAGUGAUUAAUGGUACCAAGUCAACGCCAGGCGAGCCUGGGGCGAAAGGCUACUACAAUUAUGGCAUCAAUAGCCAACUCGAAACGAUCUGCUACAACAUCACGCUUGUCGGAGUCACUGGUGACUAUCGAUCUCCAGCCCUCACAGCGACGCAUAUCCACGAAGCUGCGGAAGGCAGUAGUGGCCCACCACGAAUCGUGUUCCCAAAUCCUCUUCCUAUCAGCGAUGACCCUUCAGUGGUACGACGUUCGGUCGGUUGUUUGGUUGGUCCGUUCAAGACAGGCAUCCUAUCCAACGGUGUCGACACUGGAGCAGGAUUCACUCUUGCAAAGCUCGAAGCAAAUCCUGCUGGCUUCUUCACUGACUCGCACACGAAGAAAUAUGUACCUGGUGUGGUCCGGGGUCAGCUUGCAUAG